AUGGUCACCACUGUCAAGGGCGUGAUCGGCAGGCGCGAGGGCCACAGCGAGGACAUCAAGGGGCCUUUCGAGCACCGCUUCCUGUUCCGCGUGGGCACGGAGGAUCAGAAGGCCAAGAAGCUCGAGAUCGACGUUUCGAUGCCGAAGCCCGGGCGCCAGUACCUGACCGUCAAGGUGGCGCACGUGAAGAGUCUCGGCGAAGAGAGGAGCAAGAGCCUGGAGGGCCUCCUGGGGCUCGACAGCAAGGCAGUGACCAAGUCCUACGAGACCCACCAGAAGAGCCUGGAAGUCCGCGAUGAGUGCAAGGACUCUGCCACUGGAACCAAGGCGUCGGAGCUGCUGGCACUGUCUGGCGGCCUCUCUCGCGCCAUCGCCCACUGGGAGUGA